CAGUACUCCGUGUGACAUUACCGAGGCAGGGGCAUUUUCGUCACCACAAGAGAGCUGUUGAUUGCAGAAGAAAGAGAGAGCGAGAGACCCGUGGUUGAGUGAGAGUUUGAGUGAGAGAGAUUUCCUUGAAAUGGCGAGAAGACCGGAUGAAGAGUACGAUUAUUUGUUCAAAGUUGUGUUGAUCGGAGAUUCAGGAGUAGGCAAAUCUAACUUGCUCUCCCGAUUCACCAGAAACGAGUUCUGUCUAGAGUCCAAGUCAACCAUCGGCGUUGAAUUCGCCACUCGUACACUUGAGGUUGAGGGAAGGACGGUGAAGGCUCAGAUAUGGGACACUGCCGGACAGGAGAGAUAUCGUGCCAUAACUAGUGCAUACUAUAGGGGUGCGCUUGGGGCUCUAUUAGUGUAUGACGUGACAAAACCAACAACCUUUGAAAACGUGAGCCGUUGGUUGAAGGAACUCAGAGAUCAUGCAGACUCAAACAUUGUGAUCACCUUGAUUGGGAAUAAGGCCGAUCUAGCCCAUCUCCGUGCAGUGACUACGGAGGAUUCUCAAAGCUAUGCCGAAAAAGAAGGCCUCUCUUUCAUUGAAACGUCUGCUUUGGAGGCAACUAAUGUAGAGAAGGCAUUCCACACCAUUCUUUCAGAAAUCUAUCGGACUAUUAGUAAGAAGUCACUGUCUUCAGAGGAGCCAGCAAUUGGGGUUAAUAUUAAAGGAGGAAAGACUCUCGAUGUUAGUGCACAAGAUUCUAACACAAAAAAACCUUGCUGCUCUACGGCUUGAUAAUUGUCAUUGGUCGCUCUUUUUCUCCCAUUCACACUGAUGGCUUGAUCUCCUCUUAUGGGUUUUUAUUAUUUCUGCUGUAUUAUUAAUGUUAUUCUAUUAUUAUAUCAUAUUGCUAUUAUUGUUAAGUUUUUUCUUUUUGAGUUGAGUGCUAUUUGAGGCUUUAUUAUAUCCGAUAUAUUUUGUGGCAUGUAUAUUUGUACAUUGCAGGCUUUGCAGCUACCUGACUAAUUUUAUUUUAUCAAGUAGUAUAUGAUUGUUCACCUGCCCCCACCCCCUGCCCUUUUGCAGUCUUGCUAAAUCUUGGUGUAAAUUUAAGUUAUGCACAGCAGGGGUAGGGUGGGUCAUGGGUCCUGCCAUUUGGCCCAUUUGUAUGUAGGAGCUCGGGACCUGGACCUGUAAUUCCUAUUCUGGGCUGGUUCGGCCAUGGGUUUAAUUUUUAUUAGUUGUUUUAACCCCAUCCUACUCCCCAUAUCUUUUCUACUUUCGACAGACCUCUGCCCUUUUGAUCUGCUUCCCAAUGACAUAAUGACAAAAACAAAAUGGGAUUGAACCAGCUUACCAGCCGGUUAUGAUUCCUGAUUUGUCCCACGCAAGUUUCACUGUUGGUGAAGAGGAUAUUGCCGGCUGAAUGGUAUCGAAACAGCUGCCGAGUAGAGCACUCAAGAUCGUCUUAUCCUGUCUAUACCAGAUGCUAUAACAUGGAUUUAUUUGAGAUUUGGCUGCAUCAAGAAAUUCGUCAGGGGUGAACACUACUAUCAACAUAGUCGUCAAGGCCAACUCCAAUGAGAGUGGAG